AUGCUAAGUGCUUUCUAUAACCAAGCAUCUCCAGCUCCAUAAUUCAUAGAUGAAACCUUUCAUGAUCUUAAGAAAGAUGUUUCAGAGUACUUAUCACUAGAAGAUAGGCAUUUCAACAGUGAUAGCUUUGCUGAUAGUCUUUAUCUGGCUGAUAAAUUCGCAGGUUUAUCAUUAAAAGAUGAGUAGAAGGUUGUUGAAAAGAAACCUGAUAACUAAAAGCAAGCCAAAAAUAAAGUUAAAACUCCAGACACACAGGAAGUACCCAAUAAGAAUACCAUUUUAAAAUCAGAGGUUGUUGAUAAAACUCAAAGGAAGGUUCCAUCUUUCUUGAUGAAGGCUUAGAAAUAAGAACAAUAAAAUAUUAAUGAGAAAGAAAUUACUGUCGAGGUAGAUGAUUCAAAUUUAUGGAAAUCUAUUUCAGAUGAGAGUGAUGAAAAUAAUGAUGGCAGAAGAGUCACAAGAUCUAAGAAAUAGAAAGAUAUUAAGAAAAAAGACAAUGUUAAAGUCAAGCAAAGUUUGAAACCAUUGGUUCAAAUAAAGGAAUCUCAGAAUAAAGUAAUGGAAGCUUAAUCUAAGCCAAUUGUAAAUCAAGUGAUUGAUCAAAAUCCAGUUAUAGAGCAGUCAUAGCAACCUGAAGUAAAAGUAAAAAGAGGUCCGGGCAGACCCAGAAAGAUCAGACCAGAUGCUCAAUAGGAAAGUCAGCCUCAACUCUUGGUUAAGGUUGAUCCUGAUUUAUUGGCCAAAUCUGAGCAGAAAAAACCACAAAGUCCCAUCAAUCAGAAAUAAGAGAAAAAGAGUAAAAGGUCAAGAAAGCCUCUAAUAGAAAUGACCAGUGAAAAGGAUAAACUCAUUGUUGAUGGCUAAAAUGAGAAAGAGUUUACUUUUUGCAAGUAAGUGAUUUAGUCAGAAAGCUCGGAGGAGACUAAGCAUAGUGAUGAUAAACUUCAAAAAGACUCUGAUUAGUUAAAAGAAGAAGAAGAGGAGAUGAAAGAGAUUAUGAGGCAGAUAGAGUAAAUGAAUUUACUUGAUCAGGAGGCAGGAGAAGAUGCCAAUAGAAAAUCCCCAGGAAGACCAAAGAAAAUAUCACCUUAGACCUAUGAAUUAGAAGUUAAUCUUCAUUAUACCCAGAGUUCUGAUCCUUCAAGUACUCAUAAGUUCGUUUUUAAUAGAGAUAUUGAUGGCAAGUAUGUCUUAGAGUUUGGAGACUUGAAACUUCAGAAGUUCAACUAUCAUAGAUACAGCUAUAUCAUGAAGUCUCAUGGAUUCUAGUUUGAAUAGGAAAUGAUGAGAGAGUUGAACUCAAAAAGUGACUAGUUAGAUUAUGAAGAGGGUAAACUUUCUGAUACUGAGUAAGUUCUUGCUCGAAACAUUAAAUCUGAUCAGACUUGCAGUGAAUAGUCUAAUUCGGCAACAAAUAACAUAAAGUAUCAAUAUAAACCCAUAAUGAGCUAUGAAGAGUUCCAAAAGCAACAAAAUUUCGCUGAGAUCUUUAAUUUAAAUGAUUAAAAAGACGUGAGAUUUAUCUAGAAAUGGCUGCUUAAUUACAAACCUAGGUGGAAUGACCUAGAUGGUUGGAUAUAUGUCUACUACAGAUAAGCUGAUGAAAUCCUUAUCAAGCAGAAUAAACUAUCGCAUCUAAUCCUAUUCAAAGUGGGUAGAACUAAAAAUCUGCCUUAGAAGAGAGUUUAAUUUUAAGCAGAUAAGAAUAAAGAAGUUUAUAAAAUUAGAGAAACUUUCGCUUCGAGAUACAGCAAUCAUUUGGAAUUCUUAAUACAUUUGUACUUUCAUGAGCACAGAGUAGUGAGACCAGAUAUGAUUGAUGGUAAAACCGAAUGGUUCCUUGUUACCUAUAAUGAACUUAGAGAUGCUAUUCUUAAGAUUAAACUAUUUAUGAUAAGAGCUUAUCAUGAUUGUGGAUGGGAGCAACUAAUUCCUCAUGAAACUAGAAUCAACCCUGAAAAUCUAAAUGUUGCCAAGAGAACUAGGCAUGGCACUCAAUAAAAUAUUUAGAAUAACCAAGUUCCAUCGAUAUCUAAAGUUUAGCAAUGUAACUGA